UGAGUUCGAGGAGAGACCGCUUCUUAAUAUCAUUCUUUGCCGCUCAACCUGGCGCCACGGCGGAGUCAGGCCGUCGACUGAAGAAACUUGGCUAGUUGUCAACCUCUCUGACUCAAGCGAUCUGCCAGACCACUCAUGUUUCUUGACCAGUUGGACUUAUUUUCAGCAAUGUCACCAGGGUCCUACAUCUCUGCAGUUAUUUGAUGGGAGACGCCCAGUAAGCCUGUUGAUCUGUGCCAGCGCUCUUCUCUCUUCCACCACCAUCAUGAUGACCGGUCGCUGCACUUUGUUGCCAGAAGUUUUGCCAAAUGCCCAUGUAAGAUUCCAGCCCGAGCCUGACUCCGAGUCCAUGUGUGGCUUCUCUGAAGAACCGCCUCUUCCAGGAAAAACCAUGGAGGGGUGCAGCGUGUCAGCCGGCGAGCAGCUUCAGUAUUACACACAGGUGUCUACCAAGCUGGACGCUCAACUGAUGCCUGCGGCGUUGGACACGUACAGCAAACAGUGUGCUCUGCCAGAGAGCCCCAUGUGUCGGAUCUGCCAUGACAGCGGGGCCCAGGAGGAACUGCUGUCCCCCUGUGAAUGUUCUGGGACCCUUGCCACCAUCCACUGCAGCUGUCUGGAACACUGGCUGUCUGCCUCAGGAACCAGUCACUGUGAGCUCUGCCACUACCAGUUCACCGUGCAGAGGAAGUCCAGGCCGCUGCUCGAGUGGCUGCAGAACCCAGGUCUUCGUCAGGAGAAGCGCACCCUGUUUGGUGACAUGGUGUGUUUCUUGCUCAUCACACCUCUGGCCACCAUCUCUGGCUGGCUCUGCCUUCGCGGUGCCAUCGAUCACCUUCACUACUCCAGCCGGCUGGAGGCCGUGGGGCUCAUCACACUCACUAUUGCCCUCUUCACCAUCUACCUCUUCUGGACCCUGGUGUCUCUCAGGUAUCACUGUCGACUGUACAACGAGUGGCGACAGUCCAAUCAGAGAGUGGUUCUCCUGCUCCCCAGGUUGCAUAGUGAGCCGUCAGCGCUGCACUCCUUCCAAGGCUCCCAACGAGGGAAGCAGCCGUCCAAAGAGUCAAUAGUCUGAGCACAGAGCCUUCUCCAAGGCUCUCAUUAGGAUACGGACACUGUUCAUCCUCUGCUCCCUUUGCACUUUCAAGUACUCAUCUGAGACCUACUAGAGCUGAUGUCACAUGUGUGAAUGGACUGGUAAGAUGGUCCAAGCAGUCAAUGAGCACUGUGAGCUGAUGAAGCAGCCAUCUUGGCUCCUGAUGAGGGGGAGGGACUGCAGGGUGUUCGUCGACCAAAUGACAGAGAGAUAAACACUGUGAUUGUAAUGUGCAGUAACAGCACCACGCCUUUGAUUAAAUUAAGCCCAAGUGAGACAUGUUUGCACCGUUAUGAAGAUAUUAUGGCUAUAGCGUUACUUCAAAGAACAGGACAGUUUGACAUUUAGAGAAAUCUCGUUUAUCACAUGAGAAGUUUCCCAAAAUAUCAGACUGUUCCUAUAAAAUUGACUGUUCUGUAAGCACUUACUUCAAUAGAAAUAAGCAAGCUGUGGAUGUCUUUAUAUUUCAGCAGCAUAAACGAAGACACAUGGACGUAAACAGAUGAAAGAUGUUUGAUGUCAUGUCGAGCACAGCCUUAAAGUCCUCUCCUGGUACAUUAAAAGUGUAUUAAUAUGUCAGUGGGCAAUUUUUGGCACUUCUGAUUGAUAGAGACACAUUUAAACCAAAGGUUAUUUUUUGUAUUUGAAACGUUUUGUUGUUCGUUCUGUUUUAUGUGUGUUUUGAUUGAAAAUAAAAUACA